CUAUUGCGAAUGUUGUAUUUUAAUUGAAGUACCUGAGACCUUGACAUUCUCUAUCUGCAUUUCAAUCUCCUUUCUUACAAUUUUCUUAUUUAUUUCACUGCAAUGGCGACUGCUGCUUUCAAAUCUACCACCAAGAGAACGCCCAUACCGGCUUCGUCGGCCUCGUCUACUGACGACUCCACCUCUUCCCGUCGCAACUCCUCGUCUCACCGUCGUUCUCGGAGUCUCAGCCGUUUUUCCCGUCGGAUUCCCGCUCAGGACACCUGCAAUAUCCUUGACGAGUUCCCCGCACCUAGAGGUAGGUUUGUCAAGACUGACACUGGCUCUGGGUUUCCUGAGAUAAGUCUCGAUGAUCUUGCCAUCGCAUUCUUCGAAUCUGGUGAUCGAGGUCGCUCAACUUCGAGACGCAAUGAGGCUAGUCCUGCUAGUGAGAUACCUGCAUCGAAGAGGCGAGGGAGGUCCAUCUCGAGCAGGAGAACGGGGGUAGCUAAUGAUGGAAGUGCCAAAGCUGGUGAUAAUAUUGGCGGGAGAAGGCCAGUGUCGGACGCUAAUCCGAGAAGGAGGAGAUCAGUUUCGGUGGCGCCGUACCAGAUCAGUGAUUCUGAGAGUGAUGUGGACCAUUUUCACAGUGCUAAGAGUCACGUGGAUGCCAGAAAUAGUGAUAUUGGGAACAAGCUGCUGCGCAACCCAGUUAAUCCAAGUCAAAAACCAGUGCUGAGAAAGUCCCUAAGCCAGAAGGAUUUGAGAUCAUACAGUGGCAACCCUGCAGAUGGUCCUGUCAUGGACAGCGGAUCGCACAUAGCAAUGCGGAAAGAAUUAAGGCAUGCUGCAGAUGAAAUCAGGAUGGCAAAUAAACAGGACGUUACUUCAAAAAGAAGGAGCUGUGAAAUUAACCCGGAAAAGUCAGAUAAGCGUAAACAAGCGUUGUUGACUGAAAUAGCAUUAGAGGAGCAGCGGCACAGAGAACUUUCUGAAGUCUUUAAAGAAUUGUGUCCUCAUUCAAAGAGUAUAGCCAUGCAAAAACCAUCAAGUGCCAGGAAGAGAAGUAGCGACAGAAGGGGAAUGUCUAAGCGCCUGACUGAGGAGGCCGAAAGAUAUAUUGAGGAUUUUAUUUCAAACGUUGAAGACACAGAUAUUUCCUCGCUUGAUGGAGAAAGAAGCGACACAAGCUCAUCCAUUGGAGGACUGCGAAGUCGAGAAGCAUUUAAUGGUCCACAAAUGCUCAGAAACGUUGAAACGGAUGGGGUUGUGUUGCCAUGGUUGCAGUGGGAGACGAGUAAUGAAGCUUCUCCUGCAAGCCGUAAUAAGAUGAGAGUAUCAACAACUCCAACAACUGCUAGUUCCUCUCAGGAAAUCACUAAAGCGCGAAAUAAAAGCAAUAACUCUAUCAGCAGUCGGGGAAGUUGGAGCCCUGGUGGCCUUCCAGUGUACCUGGGGAAAGAUUUAAGUCUUGAAUUUGGAGAAUCUCUCGGCUUUUUAAGCCAAGCAUUCUCAACUGAACCAAAAAAAGAGUUGAGCUAUGAUGUCUACGAGUACACCAAAUCUAAAAGCGAUGAAGAUUUUCUGAUUGAAAGAUGGAGGCAACAACAUAGAAUUGAUUCAGGAAGUCUGAUGUUGUGUGCCCCAAAAUUAUUUUAGUCAUGUUUGUGUUCUGUUCU